CAUUGUUCCAAUGCGCAGAUGCAGUAGUAGCUGAUUCUAAGUUCCGAUGUCCUUCUAUACUGAUUUGUUGUAGCUAGCAAUUUUUCCGAGUCGCCUUGGCAAAAAUGUUCAGAGCAGCUGCGCGACUUUCUGUCUCCGGCGUCCGGACAUUGGCACGAUCGAGGCCUGCUUGCACUGCUCCUGUGGCCAGUCGCUGUUACUCCCAUGCCACGAAGGAGACGGAUGAGGAGUUUGAUUCCCGCUGGGUCACCUAUUUCAGCAACCCAGACAUCGACUCCUGGGAGCUGAGGAAAGGCAUGAACACCCUGAUCGGUUAUGACCUGGUGCCCGAGCCAAAGAUCCUGGACUCCGCCCUCAGGGCCUGCCGGAGGCUGGAUGACCUGGCCAGCGCUAUUCGUAUCCUGGAGGCAGUCAAGAACAAAUCCGGAUCUCACAAAGACAUCUACCCCUACGUGAUUCAGGAACUGCGUCCUACACUGGACGAGCUGGGUAUUUCUACACCCGAAGAGCUUGGCAUCGACGGACAUUAGAGGUCCCCACCAUGGGUCUUCCAGUGGUGUGUUGAGGUUACUGUGACAUGGCUACCAACCGUGCUUAAUCUGUCCCAUAUAAUAAUGUUUCUGUAAUAUUUUUUUUGGACUUAGUAUCCUACUGUGUAUAAAAUAUAAUUGGAUCUAAUAAACGGAGAACUAUCUUUAAUGAA